AUUGCGCUGUAUUCUUAUUCGCUGAAUGAUGCAAGACGGGGGAUGGCGAUCGGGUGCUUGCAGGGGAAUGCAACGCAACACAACACUACUAGACCGUUGCAAGUCUUUAGAAACGGGGAGUCAUUUCCAGAAGUCCCCCGCAAGCUGUGCUCUUAGUGACUUAGUUAAUUUUAGGCACCGUUGAAAACAACAAACAAGAGCAUGGAUUUGCAUAUACUAGACCAUAGACUGAAAGUGACUAGCAUCUGUAAAGAUGGGUUAAUGAAUUUCACUCACCCAUUGAUCAAACUCAUUUUUCUUCGUAACAGGACGAGGUGCAAAUUCUUCAGCCUGACAGAAACCCCUGAGAAUUACACAGUAGUGCUUGAUGAGGAAGGCUUUAAAGAUCUCCCCGUCUCUGAGCACCUGCAGGUGGAAGGCGCCACAUGGCUGCCCCUGAACGUGGUCUCCAAUGGCCACACCUCCAGCAGCUCCCAGGCCGUGGGCGUCACCAAGAUCGCCAAGUCGGUCAUCGCCCCGCUGGCCGAGCAGCACGUCUCCGUCUUCAUGCUGUCCACCUACCAGACGGACUUCAUUCUGGUGCGAGAAAAAGACCUUCCUGUGGUGAUCCAUACUUUGGAGGAAGAGUUCAGUAUCUACCGGGAAGAAGGUGGAGAGCCCAUCCCUGUGCACGGAAAGGAUGUGCAGAAUGGUUUUCACAAGAACGGCAAGGAAGCUAUAAAGCUCACUGUGCAUCCAGUGCUAAGCCCCCAGAACCAGUUUUGUGUGAUGAGUUUAGACCCUGAUACCUUGCCAGCCAUAGCUACUACCCUCAUUGAUGUCCUCUUCUAUUCUGGCAGCUCAAAAGAUGGUGCCCAUCCCACACAGGCUUUAGACUGCAUCAAAUUCUUCUCCUUCUCUUUGAUUGACGGCUAUAUUUCUCUGGUCAUGGACACAGAAACCCAGAGACGGUUUCCUAGCAACCUCCUCUUCACCAGUUCCUCAGGUGAAUUGUGGAGAAUGGUACGAAUCGGGGGACAGCCUCUUGGAUUUGAUGAAUGUGGAAUUGUUGCUCAGAUCUCCCAGCCACUAGCGGAUGCUGACAUUUCUGCCUAUUACAUCAGUACUUUCAGCUUUGAUCAUGCCCUGGUACCUGAAGACGAUAUCAGCAGUGUGAUUGACAUGCUUCAGCAACAGCGGUAAUAGACCUUGUAAUGGUUGGUCUAACGCAGCUCCUCGUUCCCUCCUUCGGAGGUGGUAAUGAAAGAGAUACAGACAUUUUUGUGGUGCCUGGAACGGCACAAGAAACAAGACUGACAAAGCAGUAUUAUCUUUUAUAAUUUGCCAUGACUUCAAUUCCUGAUCCUCACAAACUGCCCUUGACUCUAGCAAGUAAGCUGACGUGUACCCCAAAGUUUCAGUCAGAGAAGCGAUGGUGGGCAGCUGGCAAUGUACAGUAUCAGUUUGGGAGUGGUCAGAGUUUUUGGAAUGCUGUGCAGUCUUCAAUUUUUACACCUGAGUCUUCCUGCCAGUUCAUGUCGGAGUCUAUGUAGUGUCCUUUCUAUUUCUUGGGUACUUUAGUAAUGCGUUUGGUUUUAUUUGCACAGUGGGCCAAGAUGAUUUUGAAAGAAAAAAAUGACAAAAUGGAAAGAAAUAGCUGCUUGAAAUGUUGAAACUGUGAAGAGGGCAUGAGCUGGAAGUUUCUGAUUUUCAUUUUUAUUCUCGCACUUUUAUCUUUACAAGUAAUUCCCAAUAUGCGAGUGUCGAUAUAUGCUGAUAUUGGAUGUGUUGGAUUCAUGGGACAGAGUUGUAUUCCAGUACUAUAAAGCUAUGCACAGUGUGUGAAGUUUGUUAGCACAGUGUUCUGCAGUAAUGUACUUAUAACUGAUCAACAACAACAGUGAAAAUUCAUUCAAGCCAAAGUAGGCUAUCUUUCUUUUCAGCCCCAGAAAUAUUUUUUUUUUCAGAACAGGAGAAUAAAACUGAGGGCUUGAUAUUUUUGAAUAGUAGAAUCCAGUCUUUAUGAUUCUGAGUCUAUGCUAUGACAAGAAUUGUUCCGCAGCCUUUUCUUUUAUAAAAUCCAUACAUGACAUUAUAUUCAAUAUUUUACUUUUUUGCACUUGUUCAUAUCUGGUUUAUAAUUUAGGUUGCAUCCCUGUAUAACCUUUAUAUUACAUCCUCCAUCCCAUUUCCCCCCGAUAUUAAACUUUCAUUAUUCUUUGGUGCAAAUGUAGUGUAUUCGCUAUCUGAUUUUAAGUUUUAAUGUUUAAGAUGCUGACUUAACAGUGUGCGUAUUUUAGUUUUUUGAUGAACCCACUGAGUUACAGCAGGUUGGUUGUUAGUACAUUCCCUUUAAGAUUAGAUCAGUGUAAUUUGCACACAUUAAGAAGUUAACUUCUUUAUAGUGGAAGUGAUACAUGUAUAAGCAAAAAUGAAGCUAAUGUUCAAGAUGGCUUGUUCAUUCUAAUUUAGAGUGUUAAGUUACUGCAUAUGUUCACUACUGUUUUUUCUGGAAUUUUGUUCUGAGAUAAAUACAAAACACUGAAAGUAGGUCUUAAUUUCAGAACAAAACCUUUUAAAAUUUCCUGAGUAUUAAUAUACUGUACUUGCAGACUUUAUAUGGCCUUGCAUUUUUUUCUGAAAAGAUUCUACAAAUGCCAAUGUAUGAUUUAGACUAGUGUAUAUAAAGACUUGACUUCAGUUAAUACUACACAUUGAGAGAAUAUUGUUUUUGACUUAUGAUUACUGCAGAGAACACCAAGAACGUUUUGUAAUAGUUCACCCCAUGUAGGCAAUACUUAUUUUGGUAUAAUAUUUUGUACAAAAAGUAUUAACAUUUAUAAAUGUACUGAUUUAAUCAAUAAAAUGUGUUGAAUUUAA